AUGGUCCUGGAACCUGGAGGCGGUCUGUCCUUUCCGUUGCCCCCUGGCAGCGGGUCCAGCGCCUCCGGAGGAUCCUUGCUGGCCCCGACCAGGUUAUUCCAAAGGACGACGCCUGUGUUUCCUUUCCAUUUGGCAGGAUGGCCGCCGCAUCAUCCGGUUUUGGGUCAGGUGCAGAGUCAGGUCCAGCAGAGCAUGCAGGCCCAGCAUCAGGCCGCUGCCGCUGCAGUCAGAUUCCUCAGUCAUCAUCAUCCGCAUCAUCCUCAUCCGACGUUGAGCAAUCAUUCCCUAGUACCGGCGAUCACUGGGCAUCAUCCUACUGUACAUCAUCUUCAUCAUGCUGCUGAUCAUGGAGAGGAAGAGGAUGAAAAGAAGGGCCACAUGGAUAUCCACGAGGAUAUAGAUCUGGACGAUCCAAUAACACAUGAAUCCAAUGAUAAAGUCAAGAAGAAUGAAAAGAAGAGUUGUGACGGAGAAUCGGAUGAAGGCGGCAACAAGAGGCGAAGAAGCAGGACUAACUUCAACAGUUGGCAGUUGGAAGAAUUGGAGCGGGCCUUCCUGUCGAGUCAUUAUCCUGAUGUCUUUAUGCGAGAAGCACUGGCUGUGAGACUCGAACUAAAAGAGAGCCGCGUGGCAGUGUGGUUUCAAAAUCGAAGGGCAAAGUGGCGGAAGAAGGAACAUACGAAGAAGGGCCCCGGUAGGCCGGCGCAUAAUGCUCAUCCGCAAAGCUGUAGUGGCGAACCUAUCCCACCCGAGGAAUUAAGACGGAAAGAGCGUGAAAGGCGACAGAAGAAGUUGCUGAAAGCUCUCGAGAGACAACAGCGGAAGCUCGCUGCUAAAGGCAUAACAGUGGAUUUAUCGACAUUGCGUGCCGAGUGGGAGUCUCGUAGCGAGGCGGCAUCGGGUCGUAGUUCUGCGAGCGGUCCUCUGAGCAAUUCGUUCGGCCAACUGGGUCUGAGCAAUGAGAGUAACAUAUCCGCAUCCGGUAACGAUGCUAACGAAGAGAUUGACGUGGUCGGUGGAUUGGACUCCUGUAGCGAGAGCGACAGUGAGCGGGUGGACUCGGCGGCCGACGGCUCCGUGGACGGCGAAUGUUUCCCGGCGCUCAACAGUAACGCGAGCGAGAUUAGCGAGCCCCGGAAGAACCCCCCGCAGAAUCCGCCGAUGGAACACCUGAACCACCAACCCGGUAUCCACCACUGGGGCUUAAGCUUGCUGGAGCGACGACGCGAGCUGGUGGGAAUCGGAGCUGGUCGUCCACCGACCGGUAAUGGCGCUAGGAAUCUAAUCAGGCAGGUCGCUAGCGAGGAGGAAGUCCAAAGCGGCAGCAUUGAUCUCUCGGUAAAGGGUAGGGAGGAGAGGAAGAGGCUGAAUCCGUUCUCCAUCGACAGUCUGUUGGGGAAUAAUCGGACUAGUGCGGCAUCGGAUCGCAGACCGGCGACGCCAACGUCACCGACGUCUCCCGUUUCAUCGGCUUGCACGUCGCCCUCUACGACGUAGUGAACAGGAGCGUGGAAAGAUGCCGAGGUGCGUCGGAUUAAAAAUUGACGAGCAGAAGAACGCGAUCAAAGAGACUAGAUGGGGUAACUCCUCGUCGAGAUUACCAGUGACGGUGAAGUGACCAUGUCGGAUGAAGAUUGAAGCGUGCAAAGCGGAACUGGUACUCCUGGUCAUGAAAUUGAGUGGAAGAACUCAGCUACGGUAAUCCCCGUUUCUGCCAGAGUUCGCUUUGAUUGAAAUCGCUAGGUUUAUGAAUAAUCCUCGCGUACUUGUAGACAUUCUCACGUCCAUCGAUGAAUGCGCGUCUAGAUUUUUGAUAUCCUGAGAUCUCUGAGAGUAUGCGUACGAAUUUGAAGUCGAAGGUGAUCGAAGGAAGGAAGAAAAAAUUUAAGUAUAGACAAAUUGAGUAUUAAAGUGAUGGAAAAAUUCACAGGUUACAGUCGAUCACAAAUACGUGUAGAUCG